AUGGAGAACUCAGGUGCAAUAUCGCCAAUUGACUGGUACAUGGCGGGAGCGCAAGAAACGGCCCUGAACGGCUUAUAUGGUCUUCCCAAGGUGCACAAAGAGGGCGCUCCCCUCCGGUCAAUCAUAUCUCUCAAAGCAACUUUAACCUACGGACUGGCAAAGUGGCUGUUUAGAGGGCUCGAAUUCUUGACCUCUGACGCCAAGUUCCAGGCUGUACCUCAGUUGAUGGGACCCAGCCAUAUGUUCAAGUUUAACGAGGCCGAAAUACUCGCAAGAUGUGACAACGGUGUGAGCCACGAGUUGCUCGAGUCAUGGCUCCCAGACCCAUAA